AUGAAACAAACUCGAGAUUCAGGACUCGACGCCCGGCAGAACCCAUCUAAGACUCUCAAUCUCCUGGCCAUGUCAGAACCCCAAGAUUGGCUCUCCCCUGCUAAUGUGUUUCUUCAAAGAGAAGUCUACCGACUGGGCUCGGCUCCCGGUCUUAGCUCUCUCCCCCCAGGCCCUGACAAGGACUUCCUAACCUUAACCUGGGGUUUAGUUGUGUACCGUACCACUUACGCUCCAGACUCCCAGCGUCUCAUCAAAGUCUUCCUGCGAAGGCUAAACGACGAAGUCAAGACAUCACUCCCGAAGAUCCUCCCUGGGAGUCCGGAGCAGAUGCGCAUGCUAGAGCGAACUUACUCUUCCAAAGUGUUCAGCUCCGAGGAAGCGUAUGAUAGCGCUGACGAAAUCACUAUCCGUGAAGCAUUUCAUGAUUGGAAGAUCUCCCUUACCUUGCCAGCCAUUGAGUUGCCUGUGAGGCUCAGGGUGUGUCUAGUUGUCGACGAUAAUGCUCUGGCCAACCUCACGGGUUCGUUGACUGCAUCUUCACUGGUUAAUGAGGACACGGAUGUCACCAUGUGCCCGGUCAAGGUUAUCGAGGAUAAUUUUCCGAAUUCGCAACUGGAAAACGACUGUCGGAGAGAGGGUUAUGAUGGUUGGACCCGUGUGGUUUUGUCGUCACUGCUGGAGAUGUAUGAGGGCUUAUGCCAGGGGAAAUGUCUCGCAGAUUACCACAAGACGGGGCGGGUAUAUCUGGGAGACGGCAGAUGGAGCUAGACGGCCAAUAUUAUUGCUCUGUCCUUACGAUCUCUCCGUUCUUUCUUUUUCUUUUCUUUCCCGACUUCGACCGUGAGGUAUGAGCUGGAUGAGCUGGAUGAGCUGGAUGAGCUGGAUGAGCUGGAUGAGCUGGAUGAGCUGGAUGAGCUGGAGCUGCCAUACGCCGCCGCAGCCUUCCAGAACCUCCAUCAACCCAUUGUCUGCAAAGCACCUAUUCCAUGACCAUAAGAGCGUUUACUCAGGUCUGCACUGACCAACCCGAUAAACUUGAGCCUCUGGGAAAUAUUCCAUCCUCUCUCCGUCAUGCAUGAGGGCAAUGUCUAUUUGCUCGGCCAAAGCUGUCCAACAUGAGAAUUCUGGGCGUAUCGUGUAUUCAAAUAUACCAUGAAGCUCACCAGACCGGGUCUUUCUGUCACUCAUUCAUCCUCAUCCUUCUGCGUUCAAUGCGAUAUUUUGAAACAUAUCGACUCGCUCUUUUGUCACUGUUUACACAUGUGUUUCUGGCUUUAUUCUGGUAUUGAAACAUAUCAACUUGCUCCUUCAGCAUCAUCUCUCAAUCACUUUGAAAACUUAGCUGUCCCGUUGAAGAGGCAUGAUGCAGAUUCAUCAUCACCGAGUCAUUCCCGGCAUUAGGUAUGGAAUUCCUUGCAAAGAAAAGUUACAUGGAAGACAUGGUAACAUAGAAAAGAAGUAUUUUGAUGUACUUAUGAGGAAUCCCAUUGAUCUUACAGGAGAGAUAAGGUUAAUCAUCCGCUCCUUGUCUCCUCGAUGAAUUUCAUUGCUCUUUGACUCUCUGGACCCCUGCAGAGAUAAUAAUAAUUCAGUCAGAAUUCAC